UUAUUAGCCAACUACUCCCCCAUUGGGCCAUUACCCUUUGCUCCCUUGCUUCUGCUGCUGCUUAUGCUGCUGCUGGUUAAUUAGUACUCGAAAACACGCCCAGAAGAAAAUCUGAGGUUUUCACUGUUGAUCAAAACGAUAAGAGCCAAACGGGAAUGGAGGAUAGUGAGUGGGUUCUGGUUCGGCCACCGGCGGAGAAGGACCUGUGGCAGCCGAGUUCGGUGAAGGAGGAUGAUUCCAAGCCUUUGAAGCUUACGUUUACUGAGCCUGCUAAACACUGGACCGAUGCGAUCCCCAUCGGAAAUGGCCGCCUUGGAGCCAUGGUUUGGGGUGGGGUCGCCUCUGACACUCUCCAGCUCAAUGACGACACACUAUGGACUGGAAUUCCUGGAAAUUAUACGAACCCCAAAGCUCCCGAGGCACUAGCAGAGGUAAGGAAACUUGUCGACAAUGGUGAAUAUGUCGAAGCUACAAAAGAAGCAGUCAAGCUGUCAGGAGAUCCUUCUGAUGUUUAUCAACUACUGGGAGACAUUAAGCUAGAAUUUGAUCCUUCUCAUAUUGAUUACGCCAAGGAAACAUACAGCAGAGAGCUGGACUUAGACACUGCAACAGUAAGAAUAAAAUAUUCUGUUGGUGAUGUAGAAUUUACUAGGGAACAUUUUGCGUCAAAUCCUGAUCAAGUGGUUGUAACAAAGAUUUCAGCGAGUAAAUCGAGUUCUCUUUCAUUUACAGUAUUUUUAGACAGCAAGAUGCAUCACCAUUCCCAAGUAAAAGGGACAACUCAAAUUUUAAUGGAAGGGAGCUGUCCUGGUAGCAGGAUUCGACCAAAGGUGAAUGUGAAUGAAGAUCCAAAGGGAAUUCAGUUUUCUGCAGUUCUUAAUUUGCACAUUAGUGGCAGCAGUGGGGUCAUCCGUGUUUUGGAUGACAAGAAGUUAGUGAUUGAAAAUUCAGAUUCUGCUGUCUUGCUUCUGUUGGCUGCAUCUUCAUUUGAUGGACCAUUUACAAAGCCUGUUGAUUCUAAGAAAGAUCCAACUUCUAACACCCUGAAAGCUUUAAAUGCUAUAAAGGAGUUGUCAUAUCCUGAUCUUUUGGCUCAUCAUUUGAGUGACUAUCAGAAUUUGUUCCAUCGCGUCUCAUUGGAGCUUUCAGGAAGUUCCAAGAGCAUCUCAAGAAGCAAUGAAGUUUCUGUCUCAACUGCAGAGAGGGUUAAAUCUUUCAAAACUGAUGAAGAUCCUUCCUUUGUGGAGCUUUUGUUCCAGUAUGGUCGUUAUCUGCUUAUAUCUUGUUCACGACCAGGAACUCAGGCGGCAAACCUGCAGGGUAUUUGGAACAAGGAUGUUGAGCCUGCAUGGGAUGGUGCUCCUCAUCUGAACAUCAACCUUCAAAUGAACUAUUGGCCUUCCCUUUCUUGCAAUCUCAAAGAAUGCCAGGAGCCGCUAUUUGAUUACAUAUCAUCAUUAUCAGAAACUGGGAGUAAAACUGCCAAAGUGAACUAUGAAGCCAGUGGCUGGGUUGCUCAUCAAGUGUCUGACAUAUGGGCAAAAACAUCACCAGAUCGGGGUGAAGCUGUGUGGGCUUUAUGGCCGAUGGGAGGAGCUUGGCUCUGCACCCAUCUAUGGGAGCAUUUUAGUUACACAAUGGACAAAGAUUUCCUAAAAAAUAAGGCAUAUCCUUUGUUGGAAGGAUGUACUUCAUUUCUGUUGGAUUGGUUGAUUGAAGGCCGUGGAGGAUAUCUAGAAACCAAUCCAUCAACUUCUCCAGAGCACAUGUUUCUUUCUCCAGAGGGAAAGCAGGCCAGCGUGAGCUACUCAGCAACCAUGGACAUUGCUAUUAUUAAAGAAGUUUUCUCUGCAUUUAUCUCUGCUGCUGAGAUUUUGGGAAGUAGUCAGGAUGCUCUUGUUACAAAAGUUCAAGCAGCUCAAUCCAAGCUUCCGCCAACAAAAAUUGCUAGAGACGGUUCCAUUAUGGAAUGGGCAAAAGAUUUUGAGGAUCCAGAUCCACAUCAUCGACAUGUAUCACAUCUUUUUGGUCUGUUUCCAGGGCACACAAUAACUGUUGAGAAAACUCCAGACCUCUGUAGAGCUGCAGACUACACUCUCUUUAAAAGAGGAGAGGAUGGUCCUGGAUGGUCAACAACAUGGAAAGCUUCAUUGUGGGCUCGUCUUCACAACAGCGAGCACGCCUAUCGUAUGAUCAAACAUCUAGUUAAUUUGGUAGAUCCAGAUCACGAAGCUGAUUAUGAGGGAGGACUUUAUAGCAACUUGUUUACCGCACACCCUCCCUUCCAAAUUGAUGCCAACUUCGGAUUUUCAACAGCAAUUGCAGAAAUGCUUGUCCAAAGUACUACUAGGGACCUUUAUUUACUUCCUGCUCUGCCACGUGAUAAGUGGGCAAAUGGUUGUGUAAAAGGACUCAAGGCACGUGGUGGGUUGACUGUUAACAUCUGCUGGAAAGAAGGCGAUCUUCAUGAAGUUGGUCUUUGGUCAAAGGACCAGAAUUCUAUCCAAAGAUUGCACUAUAGAGGGACUACAGUCAUCACAAAGAUAUCAGCUGGCAGGGUCUACACUUUCAAUAGGCAACUAAAAUGUGUCAAAACUUACUCUCUUUGAGGAGCGGCUUUUCCUUGAGGCUUUAAGAUCAGAAUCUUCUUUAAAGAGCAUUGUUUUUUCGGUCUCUCAAUAUUUUUUGAUCAGUUUACAUUUAAUUCUUUGUUAUCCUGUGAGAGAGUCAUUUUGAUAAAUUAUUAGACCAAUGGCACGUCCGACAAUAAUGAAUUGAAUUAUCUUUUGUAUUACAUAAACCGUUGUUCGAGAAGGAAUUACCAUAUAUAUAUAUAAAUUAUUUUU